AUGGCGGUGGGGGCGGCGGUGAAUUGUAAUAAUAAACAGGUGUUGGUGGUGGCGGCGACGGUGGUGGUGGAGAAUUGUAUUGAACUGGGGGAGGUGGUGGUGAAGGUGAUGGUGGGGGCAAGUAAGGUGCAGGAUGUGGUGGUGGUGAAUGCUCCUCACAAGGUGGUGGCGAUGGUGGAGGCGGCGGUGGCUCUAUACAAGGUGGGGGAGGUGGUGGUGGUUCUAUACAAGGUGGAGGAGAUGGUGGUGGUGGUGGUGAAUGGACUGGUGGUGGUGGAGAGUGAACAGGGGGAGGUGGGGGUGGUGACAGAUAGGGAUAAACAGGCGGAGGCGGUGAAUGCGGUGGGGGCGGUGGUGAAUGUGGUGGGGGCGGCGGAGGCGAGUGCUGUGGAGGCGGUGGUGGACUAUAGUAGUAUUGCACAGGUGGUGGUGGGGAGAAUACAGGACUUGGUGGAGGUGGAGGUGAUGGCGGAGGCGGUGAAGGUGGGGGCGGAGACCUUACACAAUAUACUGGUGAGGGUGGUGGCGGUGAGGGGGGCGGUGGGGAAGGAGGAGGAGGAGGUGGUGAAUAGACAGGCGGUGGCGGGGAUGGCGGAGGUGGCGAUGGUGGCGGUGGUGAGGGCGGCGGAGGGGGUGGAGGAUAGACUGGCGGUGGCGGUGAGGGCGGAGGAGGUGAAGGUGGGGGUGGAGGGGGAGAAUAAACCGGUGGUGGAGGUGGUGGCGGUGGAGGUGGAGGCGAAUACACUGGAGGUGGUGGUGGAGGUGAGUACACUGGUGGUGGAGGCGGCGGCGAAUACACGGGCGGUGGUGGCGGAGGGGAAUGAGGGACAUAAACAGGCGACGGCGGUGGUGACGGAGGAGGAGGAGGAGGCAAGGUAG